GAGGAAUUGAAAAUAGAUUUUUUCCCAAGUAAUUCCGACAGCGACUAGAAAUCUCUGGUGUUUCACUUUGAUGUACCUUCUACUUCUAGCACUCUUCUUUUUCAGAAUUUUUGCACGACCUACAUACUUUGAUGCUUAUAAGUAUAUGUUUCGGAAUCGAAGUAGAUACUUUUUUUUCCAGCGAGCUCAUCAAGCUUUAGGACAUGGACGAUGCGGACAUAACGUAUUAUCGAAGUAACAUACCGAGACGAGCCGCCGUCUCGUGUUUCCUCGCCUCUACGAUUUUGGCGUCGACAAGUGCGGCGCUGAAAACGAGGACGCAGGAUGAAAUUUCUCCAAGUACUAGCAGAUGAGCUUCGAUAACAAGACGACAUAUGGCGCCAGCGUCGAGAACAACUUCUCCGCGGCGAUUUUCUGUCGGACGGACAACUUCACCAGAGUCGUCCGAUUCUAGUGUCAUGAUCGUGCACCAAUUUAUUGCAUCGUGCUGGUGACCAGGGAGCUGCCAGCCCAGGCAGAGAGGUAGUUGAACUCUUGUUUAAUGUGCUGGACAAGAACUUGGGCUACAGCUAGACAACUCGAAAAGCUGCACCAUGCUCAGAGCCUUGACGAAUUAUUUUCGCAACGCCGUCGCCGGCGAUGGCGAUGCGCAAGAACAGCAACAGGCGCGACAGCACCAGCAAGACCGAAGACAAGCGCACCAAGAGCGGCAGCAAGCGACUGCACCUACUGCGAGCUCAUCUUCACGACCUGCAAAGUUGCGUCGCGUCGUCGGGCAGCUGCAGGACCAGGAGGAGGUGAAUGACCAGAAUUUAUCUCGAGCUCCUAUAAUACGUCAAGAAGGUGGACCAGCGACCAGCAAUGCACUGUCCAGGACAAGGCGCGCACAGCUGCACUCAGUUGUGGAUCAUGCAACUAGAGCUAGCAGAAAUGUUGGCGAAGGGCGUGGAGGAGGCGGAGGACGACCUCCACACGGUCAUCUUGCAGAAGUCCAAGUCCUCCCUUCGCAGCAAGAACGACUACCAGGAGCCAUGCUGCAUCAUUCCUCUUCGUCCCUCUGCAGCAGUCACGCGGCGAGUCCGGCCGUGCAGAGCGAGAUCGAGGCAGCAGAACAAGCGAGGGACAACCAACGGUGUGGGUUUAUUUCCCGGCCGGCUUUCCCUUUCCUUCCCACAGCGUCUUCCCAGCGCUCAAAUCUCAUGGCGAGGAACGCAAUAGAUCCCAACAGCAGAAGUAAACCAUUCUCGCAAGAACCACGUGGAAGUAGCAACAGCAACAAGCGCGGCUCCGUUUUUGUGAACCGGACGGAUCUUGAGCCAGACUUGCUGGGCCCGACUUCCGUUGUACCUGGGCGGACUGCAACAACUGCGGCGAUUGCAAAAAAUCUGCUGCCACAUCAACACGCAACUACCUCAGGCAGUAGUAGAGGUAUCUACCGUGACGAUCCGGAUCAAAUCUACUUCGAAAAAGCAGCGAAACGCCUGAAAAGGAGGCCAAGCCACGACCACAACCACCCUGAACGCGACUUGACGGCCCGAAUCAUCCAAAAGCAGGUUUACGACCCGGAUUGGGCGGACGUAAUUGUGGAGGUUCCGCUCGUCGAUAAUGUUGCGAUAGCUUCAGGAGGUUCUUUUGGACGCGCCUUGACCGACGCGCCGCCUGUAUUGCCGUUAGAAAAUCAAGUAGGGGAAGAACGAUUUCAAGUUCAGCCACAAGAAUUACACAGGAAAGAAUCGCUGUCACCACCACGAGACACGAGGCCUGCUUCGGGAGGUUUUAACAGCGAACAAGCAGAAAAUGCCUCUGUUGCUCCGCUUCCGCAGCGACUCGUGGAGCAGCAUCGCCAGCGUUUUCUGCAGGAUCUUUCGGAAGAAGAAAGUUCGGAGGUAGAAGACGAAAGUAACGAUGAGCCAGAGCCUGGGGUAGUAGAGCAACAAUUUCAUGAUCCAGAGCAGGAAGGAGCCCCACCACAAUCGGGAGACAUCAGUGGAAAUGCAGCAGCUGCUCUCGCCUUUGGCGGACCCUCUACUACCUCAAUAUUUGCCGCAGGCGGAGCGACUCCUGGGGGAGAUGCUGGGACGACCUCCAACAUUUUUUCAACAGGACCCGCGCCCGCCGCAUCGACUAUUCCGGCUGCGGGAGCAGGUUCUGGGACUGGGUCAAUAUUUGGAAAUCUUGGAGGCGCGUCUUCGUCCACGUCAAUAUUUGGGGGCGCCACGACCAGCGUCUUUGGCACUACGACAACCGACAACGCGUCUAGUGCGGCUAAGACGGAAGACAAAGCCGCCAAGGCCGCCACAGGUAGUUCUGUCGAUCUGAGCAAACCUAUCGCUAGCGUAGCCAGUAUCUUUGGCAGUGCGCAACCAGGAGGUGAUAGUUCAUCCGCAGCAGCUGGUAGUUUUAGCAGCAUCUUUGGCACCAGCACGGUGCCGGCGGCUGCAUCGACGCCAGCUGCUUCAGCAAAGUCACCUUCAAAACACGUCGGAACUACAACUUCUGCAGCAGCGGCUGCAAGAACAGAUAGCGCUCCUCCUCCUGCAACUUCUAUAUCCCGAUCGCGGUCCGCAGCCCGGGACAACAACAAAAAGCAGAAAAAGCAAAAGAAGAAGAAGAACGAGGACGCGGAUUUGCGGGGAGCCUCCGCCGCAGACCUUCAAGCGAGGAACGAAGAGUACUUUGCGGAGAGGGCGAAAGCGCCGCUGAUCGCUUCCGGCCCCGGAAUGUUCGCCGCUUCUUCUUCAUCCGCCCCCACGGGGACGGGGGACGGGCUCGCCAGCUUCCUGACCGGAGUGAGCGGAGGAAACGAAACACAGGAAGUAUUCGGCGCCGCAGGAGGCGAAAGCGGACAGAACACGACGGGCGAAGCAGGAGGAACCGUUUUUCCACCCCAGCACGGCGACCAAGAACACGAAAUUGGGUUCUCCACCACGAUGCCGCCACCGAUCUUCGGCCAACCGGACAUGGCGCAACCAGAGAACCAGAAUUUUACGAGCAGUAGCAGUGCCGAUGAGGACAUGAUGGACAUCUCACACACACCCCGAGGAGCCGACGCCACCGGUGGUCAGAGCAACGUUUGCGCCUUUGUCGAGCCCACGCAGGACAAUGUGUACUUCCCAGAAACGGCCGAUAUUUGGCCCGCAGAAGCACGAGGAGGAACAACCACAAGGUACUUGUACUACCUGCUACUGGUUCAGUUCUAUACUUGCAUACUUACAUACGUACAGCACGUCUACUUCGAAAAUUCCCAAGAUUAAAAAACGUGAACAGAACUACAAGCAGGAAAAGGAAAACGAAUGAGAAAACACAUCAAUCGCAAAAAUCUUCUACAGGUACGUGACCAUCCGGCGCAACACGCAACUUCCCGAGUCGUUCGGUUUCCGGCCGCAAUUCGGCACCGGCUUUUCCCACGCGGCGGACCGGUGGUGCAAGCAGGGGGUGUACUGGCUGUCCACACCGGGUCCCGAGGCUGCCAAGCCGGGCACGCCGAACGCGCUGGCGCAGAGUCUAAAGGUGUCGCCGCAGACUGCGGGGCAGCUGCGCGUCUACCAACCGCCGGCGCGACGGGAUGCUGCAAGCGACCCGGUGUUUGGGCCGGCAGGGAAGGACCAAAAGCAGAUUUUCGGCACCAGUGCCGACUACUGGCGCCACCGCGCGCUGACCUGGUCGCAACCGGAAAUCCAGAGCAGCAUGCAGGCAAGCAACUACUGGCUGAAGGCGUAUCGACUAGCGGCCUUUGACCAGGAGGUGUUUAAGCGGGUCGUUUUGGACAAGGUCCUUGCAGAGGAAGAGUGGAAAGAGACCCACGCGACGAUGCGGACAGAGGUGGACAAGAUCCGAGAAGAAAAGCGGCUAUUCGAGCAGCAGCGGACCUUGAGGCAGCCCCUGCAGUAUGAGAUAAAAACUGGUGAAAGCCAGAACCUAGCGCAAAAACCGCUCUUGUCGGCGUCGGCUGUCGCGGCAGCGAACGCAAACAAAGUGACACUCACGGCAAAUGCAGCUUCGAACAAGGUAGGAACUGGAGCGAGUUCAUCUUCGAGCGCAGCUUGGAACAGGAGCGACAAUCGGACCAGCGAAAAUCAAAAGCAGGGUGACCAAGAGCAGGAAGAAGGCGCGUGGGAAGACCAGUGGACGGAAAAAGAGUGGGCCGACUGGCGGGAAGAGCGGAAGAAAAAGGUGGAGAAGGAACUGAAACGAGAGGUGAAAAAAAUCUGGAAACAGGACGAGCCGUGGAAUCAGAAUGCCGCCGGCGGUGCUGGAAAAAACACCAGCAGUAGCAGCUCGUGGAACAAGAAUGCCGGAAAUAAAGUUAAAGGCGGAGGUAAGAAUCAAACAAACUGGUGGGACAAAAACAGCCAGGGAGGUAACAGUAAGAACCAGCACAAGGGCGGGAAUAAGUCCUGGACACCGGGCAUGGCUACUAACAACAAUCCCGCGGCAAAUUCGGCGUCGUCCAAGGACCACCAGCACCAGCAAGGCAAAUUCUCUUCGCAGAAAGGACAAGGUCAAAGUUCCUCCAUCUACCCCGCUGGAGGUGGCAAGGGCAGCGCAGGGAAGAUGCACAAUCCGAAGGGACGCAACAUAGUCUGGACCCCCAGCGCUGGAACGCACAUCGAGGGACAACAACCUGCUGCUGCUCCGCAACAAGCGUCGAGCUGGAGGCAGGACCAACAAACAGGUGGAAAGAACAAUAAUUACGACCAGUACAACAACAAUCACAAUCAGCGAGAAAGCGGCAAGCACAAGCUGAAACUGAAGACCGGGAGAGAAAAGGACCGGAUUGCGCACCGCGGCCCCGAGGCGGCGGGGGUGAACACCGCAGCGUCCUCGCAGCUCCCACAGAAACAGCAGUACGACCCCCGGUUCACCGCCAAGGCCCAGGGCGCGCAGAAACGGUGGCGGUGCCAGCAGUGCACACGACCCGUGCCUUCAGAAGACGUGCUGCACUGCGCGGUCUGUGACCCAGUGAACGGCCGGAGCUGGGUGCCACCUGUUCCCGCAGCAGAGAUCAUCAAGGACGAGGGGAGGAACCGCCCGAAAGUGAACCUCAAAGCAGCCAACCGCCACAUUCUCCACGGCACCGGGUUCGCGCGCCAGGGAGGCUUGAUGGGGAACGAUCGAGGGAGGCGGUGAAGGUGAUGAUGCUCGUAGUUCUUGUGGUCUCACCGACUAGCCGCUGUCCCUGUUUGCUGGGCGGACUUUUGGUUCCACGCUGGUCUCAUGAUCUUGUCUGCUACGCGGACUCAGCGAUGACGAUGCCACAGUUAUUUCUCUUUCUGACUGCAUAAAAAGCGCGACGUUUGUGACACCAACCCAAGCGACACGAAACAACUCAUUUUUUUAUUCAGACGACCAUCAUCCAUGAAAAACGGAAUAUACACCGCGAAUGAAGCGGACAAAGCAAAAUAAAAGAAAGCGA